CGUCGAGCUCGACGUCGUCCUCGAUUCACCUUUCUCCAUAUCGCCAUCAGGGCGUGACUGCCCUCCGAGGCGCCAAAACCUCGGUCCCUCGCCUCCUCGGUCCCAGACCGGUGGUUAACAUGGCAACUGCCGAUCGGAACCUGACCUUCUACACGCACUCGCUUUGUCCCUACGCGCACAGGGUGAGCCUGUGUCUGGCGGAGAAGGCGAUACCUCAUAAACGCGAGCAUAUCGACCUGUCAAAUAAACCACGAUGGUACCUGGACCUGAACCGACGUGGGCUGGUGCCGGCGAUACAGCUCGACGGCGAGGUCAAGACGGAGUCACUGGAGCUGAAUUACUUCCUCGACGACGUGUUUGAGGGAGCAGCGAGAUUGACCCCGGAUGGUAGAAAGGAAGAGAUGCAAACGCUGAUCGAUUCAUUCGAUGGCUCAUUUAUCAGUGCGGGGCUUCAGUUCGUCGGCGGCGGAUGGGGAUUCAGGAGGGGCGCCCCGGGUCCUAGGCAAGCGGACAGGAUGGCAGUGGAGUGUGAGAGAAUCGAACGCAUCAUCGAAAUCAACGGGAACGGUGGUCCAUAUCUGAUGGGUGCCGAGGUCACUCUCGCGGACUUGGCGCUUUGGCCGUUCGCAGAGCGUUAUGAGCUCGCCAUGAGGGAGUUCCAGGGCGUGGAGCUGAGGGAAAUGGGUCCGAGUGGCUCGCUAAGUCGAUGGAUUGACGCCAUGAGAUCUCGGCCGUCGGUUGUUGGACUCAGGCCAGACGAUAACAAGCUGCUGGCGUCGUGGCGACGAACCAUGCGGCUGGACUACUUCGAUUACGAGACCGCGGAUGUAGACAACCCGUAGAACGCUAAGUGUUAGCUAGAGGACAUUUGCACUAUAACAAUCUAUCAG